AUGCUCCGACUUUCAAAGCAUCCUGAAGAGAUAGAAAGAAUGCUCAAAUUCGUCUCCGAACUCGAAAAUACACCAUAUUCGAUGGGCCCGAAUUCGACGAGGCUCUGGUUGCGAGAUUUUAAUGAAUAUCGCCAAUUCUUUGCCGAAGACGAUGCUCAUUUUUACGAGACGCUGAAGUCGUUCACUCAUGUGUCUUUCAACACCCAUUGGGCGUCGAAUUUGAGAUGGGCGCCGCGAUCGAAUAAGACAAACGACGAAUACGUUAACAAAUUCUACUUUACCACGGCUUUUGCCAUUCAAGGGUGGAACGUUCGGACCGAAUUGUUAUUAUGGUGGAGGAAUAUUACCGCAAAAUACCCCGACUACGACGCUAUCGUCUUUGAUGAGAACAACUUCUACAGCGACCAAAUGUUGGAACUACAGACCACAACUUUACAAUCCUUGGGAACGGCGAUUCUAACGCUAAUUACCGUCUGCGUACUAUUUGUCGCCGAAUCAUCGAUCGUUUUCUGGGUCGUUUUUACGCUCAUUUCGAUGGACAUCGGCACAGCCGGAUUUUUAUCGUUAUGGGGUGCUGAUCUGGAGCCAACCACUGUUGUGAACAUUUUGAUGUCGAUUGGCCAAUGCAUUGAUUUUGCCACUCAUGUCGGCUACCGUAUCUACAGAUCUGAGAAAAAGGAUCCAACAGAGCGGAUCAAGGAUUCUUUAGGAGCGAUUGGAUGGCCAGUUUUGCAAGGCGGGCUAGCGACGUUACUAGCUAUUCUCGUCAUGAUCCGAGUACCUUCCAACGCCGUCCGGAUGUUUGCCAGAACUUCAGUGCUUGUGGUGGCUACAGGACUAUUCCAUGGUCUCCUGAUUUUGCCAGUCAUCGUCCGCUCAUUUGCAUCAGAUGCCGCCGCUCAUUCCGAUAAACUCGCAGAAAUUGCGCAGAAGAAGGCGCUGAAAGGCAGCGACAGCAGGAAGAACUUGAAGGAA